AUGCACGGGAACAAUUGGAAGGAAAUUGGGGCAUUGGAGCUUCCUGAUAGGUCAGCCCAUGACAUUCGAAAUCGAAGUCUCCUCCUCGAACGUCGUAGCCGGAACAAGGCCAUCCAACCGCCGAGCCCAAAUCGAGAUCUUGACCCUACGAUCGGCAAGCUUGCGGAUGCGGAUGCGGGAGAGGAAUCCGAAAAUGACGACGGUAGCACACACAACGAGCAUUCUGAACACAAUGCAGUAGAUUCAUUAGUGCCUCAAAAUCACCAGGUGAUCCAAGGGUCUGUGGUUGAACACUAUGCAAUAACCGCACCAGAAUCAAUGGACUGCAACAGCAUCGAACGCUUGCGAUAUGCUGUUCCAUCCUCAGAUGCCGGACAAGGCAUUCAGGAGCCGUUAGGCUUCGGCUGGACGGGCUCUCAGGAACAUCUACAGUCCAACUCGGAUUUGUUAACGCCAGAAAGUGCUUGCAUAUCUUGGCUUGAUCCAUUCCAAGCAUCAGUCGCCUCAAACUUUGCCAGUCCUCAAUACCAGUGGUGGAGUGGAACGCCCACGGACGAGCUUGGCUUUCAAAAUACAGAAUCGCUUGAUCUUGGCUAUUUCAGCCUGCCCGAAGGUGAUGGUAAUCCUAGCAGUAGAGAGAGUGUUCAGGACAGCCUCGAUCUGGUUGACGACUCACCCCACGACAACCCAGAUGUAGCACGCAGGAUAAUAGGGAGUGUGCUUGAGCAUGGCGAGGGUCAUAAAAUCCGAUACAGUUUUAAUGCCACUUAA